UGUGAGUCGGUGAGUUGACUCGAGAACUGCUCUUACCGAUUCAGUCUGUGAAUGAAUCGUUCAUACCGGAACAGGUUCAUUUGAUUCUGUGAAAAGAUUCAACCGAAAAGAACGACUCGCUCGCGAUUCGAACAUCGCUAUACAACAUUCUAGAGCGGAGAGAAAGGCAGCAGAUUCCUCUCAUACUGCCACUAAAACAGACACACACAGAGACAGGCGCAUAUUUUCCCACAUAAAUGGAGGCACGGCCAUCGGGCGCCAUCAAACAGCCCUAAACCUGUAAACAUGGUGAAGGACCAAGAAGUGGAGCGCAUCGCAAAGAAGCUGGACAAAAUGGUGCAUAAGAAAAACACUGAUGGUGCCAUUGACCUGCUUCGGGAGCUGAAGAACAUGAAGAUGUCUUUGGAGACCCUACAGUCCACGCGGAUCGGGAUGUCAGUGAAUGCAGUGCGGAAGCAGAGCUCGGAUGAGGAGGUGCAGACACUGGCCAAAUCUCUCAUCAAGACCUGGAAGAAACUGCUGGAUGGUUCUGAGGGUAAAUCGGAGGAGAAGAAAAAAGGAGGAUCUCCGCUCCAGUCCUCAUCUUCUAAAGACUGUCCUGGAUCCAGUGACACCAGUAACAAGCUGGAGACACCAAAAACUCCCACCACCCCAGUCAUCCCCAAAUUCACCACCUUCCCACCUGCACCCGUCACCACGGACAGCGUGCGCACUAAAUGCAAAGAGCUGCUGGUGGCGGCCCUACAGACUGAUGGUGAUUACCAGACGAUCGGUGUAGACUGUGAACACCUGGCAGCACAGAUUGAAGAUUAUAUCUACCAGGAGUUCAAGUCCACUGACAUGAAGUACAAAACCAGACUGAGGAGUCGCAUCUCCAACCUCAAGGACCAGAAAAACCCAGACUUACGCCGGAACGUCCUGUGCGGCAACAUCUCUCCAGACCGCAUCUCUAGCAUGACCGCAGAGGAGAUGGCAAGCGCUGAGCUUAAAGAGAUCAGGAAAGCGCUGACCAAGGAGUCCAUUCGAGAGCAUCAGCUCUCCAAAGUGGGCGGCACCGAGACUGACAUGUUCAUCUGUGGAAAAUGCAAGGGCAAGAACUGCACUUACACUCAGGUAUGCUGUUAUAACAGACCAGAAAUGUUUAAACUUGCCGAAUCUUAA